CAAAGACAUGACAAAGAAAGCUGUUGACGUCUAACAUUUCCCAAAAAGCCAUGUGAAGAGAUGACUCCACAAAAACAAAAGAUGGAUUUCUUGAAGGAACUUCCCGUUUUGAACAAAAACAACUUCAGCAGGUUUCAGGCAGACUCUAAUCAGCAGCUAGCUGUUUAUAUUCCUACACAUGAAUAUCCAUCAGCACAGAUCAUUAUCCAAGAGCAUACACAGAUUUUGGCGAAGCCUCCUGAAAAGAGCAACAAGAUUUCCUUUCUAGAUGUUAAGAUUGCACCACACUUUAAACGACGGGAACAUGUGCAACUUGAACACGCAGGAGGAGAAGAAAUUUCAGCUUGCUGGAAGAGAUAGAAAUGAAUGAGGAUUUUUCAGUUUGCAGAGAACAAAGAGUGCACCGUGUGAUUGUCAUAAAGGAGCAUGGGACGGAAGGAGAGCCUCAUCUCGUAACUGUAACUAGUAACCUCUUUGAUGACUUUGUACCGACAUAUCCCAAAUCACUACCAAGCUUUUUGUUUUUUAAUCUGUGAUGUUUAUUAAAUUGUAAACACAUA